AUGCCACAGCAUGUUCCUAACUUAUAUGGCACAACAAUUCCCAAUUCUUAUGAACGCACAAAUACUUCAGCGUCGACGGGGGAAGUAAAUCGGUCGGAUUCUUCGAGGAAUUGUAAAAGAGGCAGUGAGGGGAGCACGAAGCAAAGGAAGAAGGCCUCUCGCGCUUGUGACCAAUGUAGAAAGAAAAGAAUUAAGUGCAGAUUCGAUAAACAUUCUGGGGUUUGUCAAGGGUGCUUAGAAGUUGGCGAAAAGUGUCUAUUUGUUAGAGUCCCAUUGAAACGUGGUCCUGCGAAAAAGAGGUCCACUGGAAUAUCUAGUGAAAAUUUCAGUUUGGAUAAUGAUCCUCUUCAUUACAGACCAAGAACACAUUCAUACCCAAUGAACUUGGGAGACAACCAUUUACCAUCGCUUGCUCGGAAUUCUUCUUUCCCUUCGAUUAGCAGUUUAUUCAUUCCCCCAAUAACUACUCAAUCGCAACAAUUUGUGAAGGUACCGUAUGAUGACAUUAAGCGUAGACGUUCUCUAGCUACAUUACACAGUGAUUCAUCGAUAUCUACAGAAUUUGGGGGUAAUUAUCGCUUAGACCAAAAUUUAGGUAUUGGGCAAGAGGGGAAGGAUAUUGCAAUGAAAGGCACGAUAACGCCGGUGGAGGAAACGAGCGCGUGCUCAUCUAAUGUUCGUCGUCAGGGUUCGCAGUCCUUUCCACUUCAAGAACAGCGCGCUAAUCCCUACAUUAAUCCUUUUAUCUUUGGAAGAUCCAGGCUAAGCAGUAUUUCUUACACAAGUGAAGCUACAACAUCAGAAGGUAACACACAGAGUAAAGACCAAUAUAUGCUUACUCCCAAUAGCGUACGCUCCGUUGAAAAAGAACGGUUAAACUCGUUGACUGCUGGAUGUUCGAACAAAAAAUCAAGCAUAGAUGAUAAAAGUGACAAGUGGGAGAAGAAUUCAACUUGGAAGCCAGUAUACCGGUCAGCGGAUCCUUCUCGUUCUAACUCCGGAAAAACCGUUCCCUUGAAACAAGAAGCCAGUGUUAAACCGCCAAUUCUUAGCGCUAACAGACAGUAUGAUGAAAUCUCCUUUUGUAAGGUUUUAGACAUCUACUAUGAUUUUUUCCAUAUUAAUUUUCCCAUAAUACCGAUCAACAAAAAUAAAUUUACUGGCAUGCUUAUUCCUAAGAAACCACAAGUGUUUGAUGAAACCCAGAAAAUUAGCAAUGAAAUUAUUGAACGGUUUAAAACCGCCUUAGAGAUUUUGGUAUUUUGUAAAAUAAAACAAAGGAGAUCAUCAAAAUCAACAAAAUCGUGGUCCCGUGACAAUUUAUGCGAUUUUCAAAAAGGGUUGUAUUACAUUCAGAAUUUCAACAAAUGUAUAGAUGACUGCUUUCGAAGUUUAAUUACUGUUAAAUCGAUAUUAAGACAAAAUUCCAGUGUUAUACCUUCAAGGAUAAAGUUCAUUUACUUUUCGACAAUGAUCAUGUUGAAUUUCAUCUUGAUAUUGACCGGUGAUGAGAGCUCGCUUUUGUUAGGCCCCUCCGUUGGGGUUUUUAACGAAUUUAAAGCUCAUAAAUUAUUCCUACCUUUUGAGAAUACUGCCUCGAUGCCACUAUUAAAUUCAAACGAAAAGAUUGAUGACGAACAACUGGACUAUGCUGUAUUGUUCAAAAGGUCGUAUAUCCUUUUAAAUAUUUUGGAUACGCUACAGAGCUUCCGGCUAGGUCAACCGAAAUUAAUCAAUUUAAAUUUUGGUAGCCCCAUUGGCACGUAUUUUAGCGACGAAAUAGGUCAUAACCAAAUUGUUGAAAAAAAUCCCAUAAUUUUGGACAACAUUCUACGAAAUCUUAAACUUGGUGAAUUUAUAACAUACUUUGUCCUUAACAGAAAAUCUUUGCAAGUAGAUAUAUCCCAACAUCUGUUAUUCACGAAUCAAACGGAUUACGAAGAUUUCGCUGUUGAUAAAGGUGAACACAAUGAUAUAGCUGACAAAUUUCAAUUUCUUUUGAAGAAAAAGGAAAGUUUAAUCAGAGAAUUGCUAAAUAUUGAACAAAAAAAUGGCCAUAUUCUGAAAACUUCCUGGAAUUCGGAUGCUGAAAUGAACAAAAUUGGAGAGCUGGUCUGCUCAAUGAUUACUCUGACAUCAGGUAUAUUAGAUUCGAUUGCAAAUGUGAAUGCGGAGAACUCAGUUGAUUUGGAUUCGAAGCCACUUCCGAACACAUAUUCUGAAACGGACAGCGAAGAAGAAUCAAUGUCACCAACACAACGCAUUACCCCCAACCUUGCCAAUGAAGAAAAUAAGCGCUACACAACCAAGUACUUGACCGGAACUGUGUCUGUUUUCAUACUGCCGAUGGUGGAAGAAUGUUCUAACAUCAUUAGAUUGAUAGGACCAAUACCCACCACAUUAAUAAGUUUGUACAUCCGUAAUGGAAAUAUGGCUAAGGGAAUGAAUAACAGAAUUAUGAUGUUGUCCACUGCGCUGAACGAAUUGGUGCAAAUAACCGCACUAUUUAAUGUACUGGAACCUUUUAGGCAAAAUGUACAUGACCUUGCUAAACGCUACAAUGCCGACGCCAUGAGUGGUAACGGAUGCUACAAAUCGGUGAUGAAAAACAUUUAUUCGGGAAAAUGUGUGGCUAGUAACGCCUCAAACGUUGCGCCAUUAGAGGAAGAAAACAAAAAAAUAUUGGAAAAGUUUGCUGACAUAGGUUGGAAAUUGAUGGAUGAUUCAGAAUUGGGUUGUUGCUGUUGUUUUUCUGACUAA